AUGAGCUCCUCUCUCUCACACAUUCCCACAGCCUAUUCUCUCCAACCCUCCGCACGCAAAGCUUUUCCAUUUCUUCAACCCCUAGGGUUUUGCUGCCUCAAAAAUCUCGGCGCAUCGACUUCAAAAAAUUCUCAAUUACGAACACUCUACAAGUUUCCGAGGUCGGUGUUCCCUGUAGAGACACAACUCUCCGACGAAGAUGAUGAAGAUGACGACGACGACGACGAUGAAGCCGCUGAUGAAUACGUCGUCGGCUCUGGUGAAAUUUCCGAUGGAUUUGAAGAUAUUGAGGACGAAAUUGAAAGUUCAGUGGUGGAUGUUUUGGAGACCAAGUCGAAGUUUGAGGAAUUCAAAUGGCAGAGAGUUCAGAGGAUCUGCAAUGAGGUCAGAGAGUUCGGUGAAGACAUUAUCGAUGUCGAGGAACUCGCUUCUAUUUAUACUUUUCGCAUCGAUAAAUUCCAGAGAUUGGCGAUUCAAGCUUUUCUGAGAGGUUCUUCAGUUGUGGUUUCUGCGCCGACAAGUAGUGGAAAAACAUUGAUUGCCGAAGCUGCGGCAGUGGCUACGGUAGCUAGAGGAAAGAGAAUAUUCUACACCACUCCUCUUAAGGCUUUAUCUAAUCAGAAAUUUCGUGAGUUCCGUGAGACAUUCGGUGAUAGCAAUGUCAACGUUGGUCUUCUGACCGGAGAUUCUGCAGUCAAUAGAGAUGCUCAGGUUCUAAUUAUGACCACAGAAAUUCUUCGCAAUAUGUUAUACCAAAGUGUUGGAAUGGUUUCUUCUGGAAGUGGACUUUUCCAUGUUGAUGUGAUUGUUUUGGAUGAAGUACAUUAUUUAAGUGACACAUCUCGGGGUACAGUUUGGGAAGAGAUAGUUAUCUAUUGUCCAAAAGAAGUUCAGCUUAUAUGUCUGUCAGCUACAGUUGCAAAUCCAGAUGAGUUAGCUGGUUGGAUUGGUCAGAUUCAUGGUAAAACGGAGUUGGUUACAUCAUCCAAACGUCCAGUUCCAUUGAAUUGGCACUUCUCUACAAAGACAGCUAUGUUGCCUCUUCUUGAUGAGAAAGGAACAAGCAUCAAUAGGUAA